GAGAGAGACGCGGGGGUGGGAGGGCUCCCAGAGACCUCUGCUGCUCGCGCCUCCUUGCGAUGCGCUCGCGACGCACACCAAUCCGCGGGUCGACAGACAGACAGACAGAAAGAGAGGGAGAGAGAGAGAACUCAGCUCCUCUGGCAGUAAUUCCUGUCUGUCAGUAACAGGGAGAAGUUGUCCUCUCGGUCUCCUCUCCGGCUGCAGCUGUCGCAGCUCUGUCUUUCUCAUUCACACGCGCGCACACACACACACACACACACACACAAACUGACGCGCGCACGCACAGAGGAUCGGUUAUGUGAUGGAGCACACGAGAGCUUUCCUUCGCCGGGGAAGCGGGGUGGUGAUGAAGUUGGGUUUCAAUUUACCGACGGUGCUGAGCGGGGAAUAAAGGACGCACCGCGCUCACUAAGGGAUUAAAACCUUUUAUUGGACUGAAUUGUUCCGUUUUGCCGUGUUUCCGCGCUGACAUGCGGGUUUAAUGAUGCUCCAGCUCCGGCUCACCUUCGGAUUGUACAUGUUGCCUGGCUGAUGCAGAGGCUGCCUCUGGAUUUGUUGCUCUUCUCUGCCCAUAUUUGGAAUUAUCUGAGCAGGCAGUGAACAUCACAUCCAGGUCAAAUGACCGUCUAAUGUCCGUGCUGAGUGUGACGAGCAUUACUGUGACAUGGAAAAAACGGGACUCUACAGCCUCCUUUAUUACUUAAUUUUAAACUCGCUCUUUAUGAUAUGUGUAAACGCUGCAUUUAUUGAAGUCCCUAAAGAUGUGAGUGUGGGGGAGGGAGAGGAUGUGGAGAUGCCGUGCGCCUUCAAGGCUGUCAGCUCAGCGCCCAUGUCUUUGGAGAUCCAGUGGUGGUACCUGAAAGAGGAUUUGCCCAAAGAGCUGCCUCAUGAGCUGCAGAUCAGUGCCCCGGCCAACAGAGCCAAGGUCACCCCAAGAGAAGCCACAAAAAUAAGUACUGUGCGUGUUCAGGGCAAUGCCAUCUCCCAUCGCCUCAGCCUGUCUAAGGUAAAGAAGGAAGAUGAGGGGGUCUACGAGUGCCGCGUGUCCGACCUGUGGGCCGAUGAGACUCAGGAAUUUACAGUCCAUGCCAUGCUGCAUGUCACACCAGGUGACGCCAUGGUGGCGGAGGAAGCCGUGUCACACAUCCAGAAUCGCUGGCCGCUGAGGAAUGCCAACACAGCGCUGGGAGGGGGCAUGGCGGGAAGGGCCACCUUAGAGCCCGGCCAGGGCCUGGUAGGAGGUCCGAGGUUAGGGCAGGGGAAGCACCGGGUGCCUCAACAGGCUCAGCCUGGCCUCCUUCCCUCCAUCUCAUCCACCACCACCACUUCGGUGGCCAAGUCAUCAGCCUCACCACUGCCAGGGAAUGCAGCCAUCCUCCGACAGCAGCAUGGAGCUGGUGAGCUGCAGCGUGAUGAGCACCAUGGACCCCCUCCUCUGCAUCACUCUCCUGUUCCUGCAUAAGCUCCUCCCCUUCUUGUUGGCCCACUGAAGAGACUUUAACCAAAAUAAUGUCGACCUGCAACGUUCUCACUUUCUAUACCAAACAGAAACCAAGCAGCAGUCAGUGCCCACCAGGGAGUAAAGGGUCACAUUAAAUCGACGUAUCCCGUUGCAACACAUCACUGCAGGGAGUGAAAGCAACGCAACACCGGACAGAGUCGGACAGAGGAGGCCAGAUAAAACGGAGAAUGAUGCUCCUCGGACAUGAAGCAGAGAUAGAAACUACGGGACUGUAGACAGAGCAAUGUGGAGAAAUGUGCUUAGAGUGAAUGAUGGGAGCAUCACUACUGAUCCACACACAGCCUGUACAGUGUGGCCAUAUGAAGCGCUGCCUCCGCUCUGCACCCGCUUCACGCACGGCCCUCCUCAAACACUCCACUCUCACAUUUCUUUACAGCGUCUCCACUGAGAAUCCUGCUCAUCUGACAACACACAUCAUUGCAGUGUGAGUCCUACUGUUGGUUUGAACAUAGUCACUGUCAUUAGUUACUGUAUAUGGAAGACAUGAUUGCCAUGUUUUUUUCUUUGGAUGAGUGAUUCAAUCAGCAUGACCCAGUCUAUCAUUAAUAUGUUUUUUCUGUAGCCUGUCAGGCCUCUUCAUAUACAGAGAUAUUGUUCAUCCAGUGUGUUAGUAUCAUGUAUGUCAUGUCCACCCCCAAACACACACACACAGACAUGCACACAUACAUACUUUUGUUCUCAUCGCUGUGUUCGAUAAUGUAAACAACAAAUAAUAAGCUGAUAUAUUUUGAUUAAAAUAAGGCACACCUUACCAUAGUUGUUGUUAAUCACCUCUAAUAAUGUUUAUUUUUAUUAAAUCUAUGGUGAUCAAAGUCAGACAUUUCAUUUCUAAGAGACAAAGUGAUUUAUCGGUAACUUGCCAACAGCAGUUAAGAUGAAGGUUUAUUGUUUUUGUAAUAAAAGGUAGAUUUCAAAGGUGUUGUAUGUUAAUGGCUUUCUUUCUUUCACCACAGACAAUUUUACACAACAGAAAAUACACAGGCAAAGACUGCCAUUAAUCCUCAUUAUCUACAGACAACAGCAGCUUCACGCCCAUACAGAAACAACUUC